GCCGCUCCCGGCGGUUACCGCAGGCAGGCGCGGACGCUCGGCUCUGCCGCAGCCCAGACUCCGCCGCACAGCUCGACCGCUCCUGAGGCGGAGGCGCCGCUGGGACAGGGGAGGCAGGGCGGCCCCGCGGUGUCUCAGGCGGGGGGCGCCGUGGGGUGGCGCGGGGGCUGGGUGGCGGCUGCCCUGCAGCGUUCGUUGCCCCUGCGGCCGCCAGGCUUCUUCCGCGCCCUGCGCGUCCCCUCCCCUGCCCGCCGUGCCUCCUGCCGCCGCCCCUCUCCCUCGCAGCGGGCUCCGGGGGCUGCGGGAGGCGCGGCGCCGGCCGCCGCGUUCCUGGCUCGGCACGGCAAGCUGAGUGCACGAGUACAGAAGUUUGAAAACUGGCUGUUGCUGGAUGUUUCAGGAGCUGAAAACGGCAGAAGAGUUGCUGAGGCUGCUGGAUUCGUGUGCUCUGCGCUCCUCUUAGGAUGGCACAGCCGGAGAAUAGUCUGUGCAAGAUGUUUCCACACUGUUGUGGUUCUCUGGGCUUGUUUUUUCCUUGAAAUGGUAGGGCUCGGGAACAGCUGCAGAGGGAUGAAGUCUCCGCCUCUCCUCGUGGCCGCGCUCAUUGCGUGCAUCAUUGUUUUGGGUUUUAAUUACUGGAUUGCAAGUUCUCGCAGCGUGGAUCUGCAGGGUCGGAUCAUGGAUCUGGAAGCCAAAGUCCAGAGGGCAGCAGCGGAGAGGGGUGCCGUGGAGAUGAAAAAGAACGAAUUCCAAGGGGAACUAGAGAAGCAGCGACAGCAAAUUGACAAAAUCCAGUCCUUGCACAGCUUUCAGAUUGAAAAUGUCAAGAGAGCACAUCAGGAAGAGAAGGCAGUGCUGAUAAGAAACAUCACAGGAAAUGAACGAUUGAUCCAGGAUCUACGAGAACAAUUGAAAGAGUUACAGAAAGAAUAUGGGAAGCUGCAGACAGAUUAUUACCGGUUUCAGAAGAACCAGACCAACCUUGAGAAGAAGUUCUCAUAUGACCUGUCACAGUGCAUCAAUCAGAUGAAAGAAAUAAAAGAACAAUGUGAAGAAAGGAUAGAUGAGCUUGCAAAAAAGGGUGGUGAUGUAGCACAAAUCCAAGAAAACAAAGACUUAUCAGAAGAUUCAAAAAAAAAUGGCGAGGUCGAUAUUCAACUGCCAGCCUUGAAGGAAACCGAGAUCAAGCAGGCCAACUUGGAACAGCAGAAACCCAAUGAAGAUAUACCUAACACAGCACCUACAGUAAAAAAGGUAGACCCGAUGGAGGCUAAAGAAAGAAUAAAGGGCCCAACUGACAUCAGAAAACAAGAGCCUAAGGCAGAAGAGGAGAAGCUUUCAAGUGACCUGAAAAACCCACAGGAUUCACUCCAGGUUGCUGAGGGUCGUAAGGAGAUGUCAGAGAUGGAGCUGAAUCAGUCUGAAGAUGGGAAACAGGUGGUGGGGCAAGAUGCACUACAGCUGGCAGCAGAGCAAGCUGCCAGUGAGGAAAUUGAGAGGGAGCAGCUCCUAAACUACAAUGCUAAGCAGGAUGACUCACCCCCUGGAAAGCCUGAUCAAAACUCUGAAGAUACAAAGAACCACGUAUUGGAGCAUGGUGAAGAACGACAGAGGUUGUGAAGAAAUGAGAUUAAUGUUGCAACUUAGUCACCUCUUCAUAUAAUUGCAGCAAUGAUAAGAGCAAAGUGAUCUGAUAAUGUUUUUAUUAUCUUCUCAAGGCUUCAAUAAGUGCCCAAAUGAAGUGGUAUUUUCUUGUGAAGUUUCAGUACUGUUUCAGUGGUGAAAAAAAAAAUCUUAAAUCUCUGGAGGCUUGUUUUAAAGCAUCUUGACUUCUGCAAUGACUCUCUCCUUCCUACCAAUUAUAAAAUUGACACCAACUAGCAAUAAGUGUAUAACUUUGAAGUCUGCCAGCUUGCAGAGUCAUACUAUAAUAUGUGUGGAUUGGUGGUAGAUGAGAAAGACUCCACUACCAAGCAUGGAUGUCUUUCCUGAGCAAUGCAGUAGGUAGGUCCCCAGCCUAUUUUUAAGAGGAGCUAAGUUACCUUGACAAACCAUGGGAAGGAUGAAAAAUGGCCCAUGCUGCAGUUGUGCCUCUUCUGGCACCUUUUUACUGCUAUGUAGAUAAGACUCAGAAACCAUGAUUGUAGUCCUCAGAUAUUAUGCAGUAUGAUACAUUCUCCUGGGCCUCCUAAAUGGAAUUGCUAGCUUACACUAUCUGUAACCAGGCUGAAACACUGUCCUGGUUGUGCUCUUAGCCUUUAGUUUAAAAAAAAAUAAAUAAUAUUCUGACAAUAGUGUCUUCUUAAGAGAUUAGCAGGAAGAUUUUUCUGAAAGCUUUGUUGGACUGCUGUUCACAAGAUCAGUACUAUGGUAUGGUUCAGUUAUGGCUAACUUAUACACAUUCAGAGUAUAAAAAUUCAAACUCCUAAACUUUUUGCGACAAAACCCAUCUGAAAUGGUGUGGUACAACUUACCCUUUACUCCACCCAGCCACUGCCUUCUGCUAAAAAGUCAAAAGGCACAUUCUCACCUUCAUCUCAGCUGCUCAAAGUGACUGAUCUUCUGUGCUAAGCUUUUCAAGAAGGUAAACCAGACCAUGCAUUUACCAGACAUCUCAAUGUCUCCCACGGGGGAAACUGUAGUUGUUGUGAAGUCCUGUGUUAUGCACAAUGUUAAGGAAGUUGCAUCAUGUUGUUAGUGUUCUGUAGUCUUUGUCUUUUCUGAAACUUGUUGAAUGUAAACUAGAAACUAGUUUACUUGUGAUAACCUAGAAAUACUCUCUACUACCACUAAGGCACCCGUAACUGCAGUCCAGCCUGCAUGGUGUGUACAUGUACCCAGCUGGUUUUAAGGUUGUAUUCAUAUCUGUUCUCAAGACUGACACCUGUGAUUGGAGCAAUCUUUUUGAGUGUGAACCCACCUCUGUUGUGACAGCACAGGAGCAGACAGAUACAGCUAACUUCCCAACUAGCAAUUUCACUUAAGAAAAUACUAAUUUGUCUUGGCUUUGUCUUAAUGCACUUCAUUUUGUAACAACUUUUGUGGUGUCUCAUUCCUCAGCCUAUUAGUUUACAGCUCCUGUACCUUGAGAUGCCUAAAUAUGCAAAUGGAAGGUUGGUUGUUUUGUGUAUGACGAGAGCGUAAGUUGUCGGAGUGAGAGGCAGAGCUCAAGUCAAAUGGUGCCUAUUAAGCCUAAAGACUGAUCACUGACAGACUUGCCAUGUGUAACUUGAAUUCUUCUGAGAAUGUAUGUGGCUUCCACGUGACUUCCAUUAUUGAGCUCUUGGUUACCCUGUGUCUUUUACUUAAAUUGGACUUAACUGGUCUGGGCUGCUAGUCAGUAUAACAGGGAAAACAAAUGCUUGUAAGCAGGAGAGAAAAGGAGGUAUAAGCAUCCCUUCUAACUGAUGUGUAUUGGGAAACUUGGGCUAUUAAGGUUGUUGUUUGUUUUUUCCAAAUAAUGGCAUGUUUUAACAUCAAAAUGUUAACCUGUAUUCUUGAGUAAAAGGUGUAUUUUCUUAGGACUUACUUAAUCUGCAAACAGUUUUAUAGGUGAGAUUAUGUUAAUCAGGAAUUUAAUAGUGAUUGUUGAAGAGCAUAUGUUAUAUAAAAUGUACGGUGAAACACUGUAUUCAGGUUGAAUGAAUGACUUUAACUUGAUCCUGGUAAAAUCCCAAACAAAAUCCUUAAGGUAAUUAAUAUAUUGCUAGAGAAUUAUUUAAAAUGGAUUGUUUUGCCUGUAUUUCUGUACAGUACCCAAACCUGACUGGGUUUCUCACUAGCCAGCUAGAACAAGACCACCUUUGUACUGAGCACACUUGUUACACCUCUGACAGGAGGGGGUCAGAAAACCUGCUGUUCAAAAGCAUAAAGGAAUACAACCUUAUUCUCAAUGGCUUCAAGUGCUACAGGAAUGUAACUAGGGUGGUGGAUUUCUGGUAGACAAGGGUCUUGUCUGUAUAUCUGCUAUAUAGAACUUUAAAAUUAAAUGACUUUUUAGUUGAACAAAACAAUAGAUUCAUUUGGAAUUACGGUUUACAUUAUGUAGUGUUGUCUAUCACUAUAAUUUUUAGUUGCAUGAGGCAGGGAAGGUUCCUUUGCUGUAAUGAUCUUGGGGAUAAAAUAACACUUGUCCUUGGUUUUUAAAAACUAAGCCUGAUACAUUUUAGAUAAACAUUUUAAAAUAAAAAUAAUCUUCCUUACUGUGUA